UGGCCAUACUUGAGCCAAAACAAAAUGGCGGACGAAGUGGAGUGUGGUGUGGUUGUUCAAUCACAKGAUUUCAGCUGUUCUGGCGUGAUACUUGAUUCACAUUCCGGCUUAGUUCUAACCGUAGGCUCGAUAGCUAAUGGGGUUUUUGCUAACAUUGGGAAUGAACUUGGUGAAAAGGGAAAAAAAAUCUCUCCAAUUAACUUGGGGAACAUUCCCCCAAUACAAGUUGUAUUGAAAUCAAUUUGCAAAGAUGCAAAUCAAAAUGUCUCAGAAAAAGAUUUCUUAACGCUUCACGGAUCCGUCAUAGCUUUAUGGAGAGAUGCAAGUCUAUACGAAUUGCAAAGGAAGAUCUUUCCUGAAGGAGAGUGGUCAUUUGAAACUGGAAAAAUAGAUGAAACUGAGAAAUCGGAAAAAUCUGAGAAAGAGAACACAGACAAACAACAAAACUCGUCGUUUAACUUAGCUGACUUUGUGUUGAUUGAAGUUAAACACCUUUCAAAGUAUUCAGUUCAAAGGUUUAGGCUUACCUAUACGAAAGUACAACCUGGUGAUUUACUCUCCAUCAUUGGUACCCCUUUUGGGUUUGAAUGUUAUUCUGUUUUCUUCAAUUCAUUAAGUAAAGGAAUAGUAUCCAAUGCUAUAGGAUCAAAUAAUCACAUGAUAUUGACUGAUGCACGAUGUGUUCCAGGCAAUGAGGGCUGUCCAGUGUUCAUCGGUUCAAGCACUGAAAUGAUCGUUUAUGGCAUAGUAGUAGCACCAUUUUGCUGGAGAAGUGGUGAAUGGAUUGGUCUGACAUUGGUGUACUCACUUUCUCAUAUUCUGCAAAACUUCCUACAUUCAAAUAUUCUUGAAAACAGUCAUCCAUCAGGAAAAGCAUUAAAAGCUCUCCUUUCAGCUUCUGGAAAUGCACCUAGAGACUUAGAACCAUGUAGUGAAAAUGAAAGCUUUCACAGGGCUCUAAGAUCUGUGGUAUUGGUUCAAGCUGGCUCUACCUGGGGCUCUGGUAUUGUCAUUGAUGCCAAUAAAGGAUUAGUCAUCACUUGUAGGCAUAUCCUGACCGAGGGAGGGGUAUACAAUAGUGAGACCUCCAAUAGGCUCAGUGUUCCACUUAUGGUACAUGAUAUACAAGAUAACAAAGUUUAUGACAUUGUGGAUAUUUUACAUGCAACUGACUCUGACUGUUUUCUUGAUUUUGCUUUGUUAAAAGUUAAAAGUCAUGAUUUCAAAACUGACAUUAUCCUAGAAGAAAGUAAGACUGUGAAGAUGGAGCAAAGCUCUGAUGUUUUUGCUAUAGGCUACUCAAUAUUUGGACAUCAAACAUGCCAUGGACCUUGUGUCACCAUGGGCACCAUCUCAAAAGUUUCUUUUAGUAAUGGGAUGCCAAUCAUGCUACAGACGACAGCUGCAGUCCAUUGCGGGGGAAGUGGAGGUGCAAUUAUAUCAAGACGUACUGGACAACUGUUAGGGAUGGUAACAUGUAACAUUAAAGAUGGCACUACAAUGGCAUCUUUUCCCCAUAUUAAUUUCAGUAUUCCUGUCAAUGUAAUCAAAAAGCUUAUAUCAUUAUCACUGUGUGAUGAAAGUGAGAGAUGUAGAGAGUUGUCCAGACUUGUAUCUGGCGGUAAUGAUCAUGUGUGGUGUUUAGGUAAAUGUUUACCAGCAAAAAGUAAAUUGUAAAAUCAGCAGUGGAUCAGCUUGCAGAUUUCAUUAAUGUUGUUGGGUUACAGCAAUGUCACUUCCACUUCUGUACUUACUUAACAUAAUUGUGUAUUUGCGUUGAACUGAAACUAUGUGAGGUUUGAAUAAUAGAUGCCAAUAAUAUUAUAUCAUCAAAAAAAAAAUCAUAUAAAUUGAGAAUUUCUACCACUGUUGUGCUUUGGUGCAAAGUACUGCCAAACUAUUGCAAGUAACAAAUUCUUCAUCACCAAACCAAUAAUCUGAAUGGCAAAAUAAAAUGAAAAUAAAAUGAAUAGAAGCUGUUGUAAAACAUCUUGAUCAAAAUAAAUGGUGUUGUAAG